GAUUCUCAUGGCUGGACCCCUCUGCACUGGGCCGCAUCUCUGGGCAACGAGGAAUCUGCAAAUGGGCUUUUGAAUCACGGGGUCAACAUUAACGCGUCAGACGCCAAUAGUUGGACGCCACUGACGUUCGCAGUCGUCAAGGGUCAUUUCAACGUUGUCAAGCUUUUAUUAAGUCGUGGAGCUGACCGGAAUACUCAAGACACGCUGAAACUAUCACCAGAACGAUGGGCGUCCAUCUGCUCGCACGACGACAUACUCCAGCUGCUUCACCUUCCUCGGGGCACAGUUGGCAGACUUGGCCGAACGUGCUUGCACACGGCUGCAUAUGGGACGAGUCCGAGCAUUGCAGCAUUUCUGCUUCAGUCAGGGGCAGAUGGGAGUAUUCGAGAUGAGAUGGGCCGCAUUCCCUUGCAUCUUGCAGCGGCCUAUGGGUCACUGGAAGUGGUUCAAGUCAUGAUCGAGGCACCGAAUGUGGAUGUCAAUGCCAGAGACGAAAUGGGCAGAACCCCGAUUCACUGGUGCUGCGCACUAGGAGGAUGGAAACAGAGGGAGAAACGAUCCGAAGAGAAUAUCAAGAUUUGCCGGCUGCUGUUAUCCAAAGGGGCGUCGCUCUCUGCGGUCGAUGACAACGGACACACGGCAUUGCACUAUGCAAUUGUCCUCCGGGAUGAGGAAGUCAUAAGGCUCUGCUUGGAUCAUGGCCUCCAAUUA